AUGCGUCACUCCGCUCUCCUCACAAUAGCCUUGACCGCCUUCGCAACAACAGCGCAUGGCAGGACAAUGACAACAACAACAAACUCCCCCUCCCUCCCCUCCUCCCACUCCAAAGCCCAACUCUCCUGCCUCUGCGAAGACGAGGCCUGGGACAUCGCGCGCCGCUGGCUGGCCAUCUUCGACACCCCGCUCACCUCCACCAAGACCCAACUCGCCGCCGUCGUCGGUCCAAACGUCACGAGCUACGACGACACCUUCGGGCCGCCCACGCUGAACAUCGACCAGCUCUGGGACGCCAUCACCGCGCCUCAGAACGCGACCACGACGAACAGCACGCAGACGCCGACGUUCCUGCUGCACUCGUGCGACCAGAUUGCGUACAAUUGGCAGUACACCGCCGUCACCACGGGCUACAAUUCGACUGUGCCGGCAGGGACGCCAGUCUCGUUCACCGGCAACGAUAUUCUCCGCGUGGACCUGAAGACGCGUCUUGUUUCCAAUGCUACGUCGUGCGGUGACUGGAUUCUGCUAUCGCGUCAGCUGGGAAACUCUGCGAAUGUCUAG